AUGGCGCGAGCGGCCGGAGCCCCUUCUGCCGGCGUCCCGGAGGAGCCACCGCCGCUGCUGCCUCAUUCCUCCUCUUCGUCUUCCUCGUCCUCGAGCGGUGAUAGCGGCCACGUCUCGCAGAGUCACAGCAGCGCCUCCGGCCUCGGCGACGAGCACCCGGCGCAAAGCGAUGCCUUGGGCGGGGAGUUUCUACUGGCCGCGGCGGCGGCGGCGGCGGCGGCUGACUACGCCUCCUACCUGCUCCCUUCGCCGCUUGAGACCGUCGCCUCCGCCGGGCAGAUCGGAACUUUGGACAAGAGUCUGGAAGAUUUAUUGAUCAGGGUAGAUGAGUUUGUGGGAAUGCUGGACAUGAUUAGAAAUGAUUCUUCUCAAGUAAUUAAUGAAAGUGUGCCACAUAUUCAUACAAAGGCAAUGGAAAUGAAGAAGCUCUAUAGAAAGAUUGACAAACUAGAGGCUUUUGUAAAAAUGAUUGGUAGUAAUGUGGCUGGAAUGGAGGAACAGAUCAUAAAGGCAGAAUCUGACCUUGGAAAUUUUCCGAAUGCAUUAAAAAAAUUAUUGUACACCAUCAACGUGCCAUCUUUUUUAAAUAAAUCAUCAUCAAGGCAGAAUCAAGCCCUGUAUGAGCCUCUUGAUCUCUUCAAGACUGAAGACUACUUUCCUUGUCUUGAUCAAGGACAGUGUAUGUGAUUUAAUUGAAAGCGGUAACACAUAAUGGAGAGUAUUAUCAGUAAGAUCCAUUAGGUUGCUGCUGCACUUUUUUCUAGAAAACUACGGUGCCUUCCUUGUGUGUCCCAGUUUGUCUUCAAGUGUAUUUACUUAUGCUGGAUUUUCUGUAUAAAUAAUAUACUAGUAUCUUAAAGCACAAUCUAAUAUAAAGCCUUAAGUGGCAGCUAAUUUUAUCAAGAAAAGAUAGUAUGUAUAUUAUAUAAACUGUAAGCAAGUCUAACACUAUCCUCUUAAUUGAGAGAUUAGACAGAGGGAAUAAAUGGGAGGGAUUGGAUACACAGGAAGAUCUUCCAGCCAUUAUUUUCAGUCAGAAUAGUUCAGAAAACCAACCUAUAUAAUUCACCUCUGUAUUUCCCCUCUCUCCUAGGAUAAGAAAGAUUUUACAGCCAGGUAUCAAAACUGUUCCAUGGUUUUCUGGCUAAAUUCUUUUGAAGAUUAACAAAGACUAUAUGUAGAGAAAUAAGUGGGAAAAACAAAAUAUACCGUGCUUCCUGCUGUUAAUCUCUGUACCACAGGCAUAUUUUUUAAAUAACAGUACUUAGAAGUGCAAUAAGGACCAAAAUAUGCAUUGAUGCUAAUGAUCUGGAUUCUGUUCAACACAGCAAGAAGAAAUCCACUGGCUGACUAGAGCAUAGUAAAAGCAACUUUGUUCUUUGAAAUGCUAUAUACAUAUUAAAGAGAAACAGCAA